AUGCGGGGCGGCCCCGGGCGGCGGUGACAGAGCCGCACUCGCCUUCCCGCGGGCAGGGCAGGGCAGGGCAGCAGGAUGGGGCUGGAGCUGUACCUGGACCUGCUCUCGCAGCCCUGCCGCUCCAUCUACAUCUUCGCCCGCAGCAACAACAUCCCCUUCGAGUUCAAGCAGGUGGAGCUCUUCAAAGGCUCCGUGCUGGGGAAGAAGCCGGCGGCAGGGAGCGGCGCGGAGCAGCCCCAUGCAGGGCCGUCACAUAGCCAAGGAGCUGGCAAAGUCAGCCUCUUGAAGAAAGUACCAGCACUAAAGGAUGGAGACUUUACCCUAGCAGAAUGCACUGCCAUUCUGCUGUAUCUGAGUCGAAAGUACAACACACCCGACCACUGGUACCCAUCAGACGUACAGAAACGGGCCCAGGUAGAUGAAUACCUCUCAUGGCAUCAUGCUAACAUCCGGGCUAACGCUCCUAAGACCAUGUGGAUCAAGGUGCUGAUUCCCCUCUUCACAGGGCAGCCACUGCCCUCUGAGAAACUCCAGGAGGUUAUGGAGGGGCUGUUCGCUUCCCUGAAGCAAUUUGAGGAGAGGUUUCUGCAGGACAAGGCUUUUAUCAUCGGGAGUGAGAUCUCUCUGGCAGAUCUUGUGGCCAUUGUGGAGCUGAUGCAACCUGUGGGAGUUGGUUGUGACAUCUUUGAGGACAGACCUCGGCUGACGGAGUGGCGCAGGCGGGUGGAGGAUGCUGUGGGGAAAGAGCUUUUCUUUCAAGCCCAUGAGAUGAUCUUCAAUAUCAAAGAACUGAGCAACAUUCAAAUUCAUCCACAGCUGAAGGAGCAUCUGGCACCUGUGUUGAUGAAGAUGUUGAAAUGAAUUAAUCUAUCUUACCAUUUUUCAUGCCCCUUUUGUUUUAACCUCUUCUCUGACCUCCAGUUCUACAUGUAACUGGAAAGAGCACUGUAAUUCUAACACAGAAAUUGCAGAGUGUUUCUCCCUCCACCAGACCUUUCUUGUAUCUUUGUGCAUGGAAGCUGAGGAAGGUUUAAGACCUGAAACAUUAAAUUUGUCCAGAAGGCUGAGGCCCUACAGGUCACUUAACAUGUGCAUCUGGGUUUUAUUUCAGUGUCACUCUUCUCAGAGAUGACAGUGACAUGAAUGGUAUUUCCUGACAAAAACUGAGCCAGCCUACAAACUGGAAACAUUGGGAAACGUAUAGGAUGAGGAUCAUUGUUUUCAUGUGAUUUUAACAUUUGCAGCUCUUUCUCAAGUGGCAAGCACUGCAAAGCGUGUCUGAUCCUCACCUUCCCAGCACGUGUCUGCACAGACAGCACAAAACUACAGGCGGUCACAAAGUUAAAAAAUAGAUUGAAUUUUCUUUCUUUUUUUUUUUUUUUAAGUUUCUUACUGUUGAGGCAUCUUGCUUGACUGUCCAUGCACGCUCCACACUUCUAUUUGCCUUUAGGUUCCUGUAAGAAGUUUCCUCAUCUACAACUGUGAAUCUUCGUAAUUCUUUGGUUAUACCACUGCUCCCCAUUUCCGGAAGCCUGGGUUUCUUUGGUGCUUGGUCUGCCUGUACACAUGAUAGGGGCUGUUCUUGGAGGUUCGUGCAGUAAAGCCCAAGCCACUUGAAAAAGCUGAUGAUGGCCACAGCCUUUGUUUAAUUGCCUAACUAAAAUACUCUUGCUGUUGUAUAGGGAAUACAAUGAGAGAAUGAAUUCACAGUAAUUGCUUGAAAGAUAAUAUAAUAGGAACCAGGUUGUCUUUGUCUGUGGUAAAGCUGCAAUAGCAAUCCAUGUUUCCCCCAGAAAAUGCAGAGGGGGAGUAAAUCUAGAUAUGGUCUUCUGGGACUGUUUUGGAUGGAAGUUUACCAAGUAAGUCACCCUGUGCAGCUGAAGAAAUAAGAGAGAUUUUGCAGCACUGAGCAACAGAUACCUCACAAUAAAAGGACAGAGAGUUGUUUUGGAGCUUUGGGGCUCUUUUUCUCAGCAAAUACAAAGCCCUUUUGUACUGCAGUAUAAUUUAUGAGGUAAAACUGAGAGGAUCCAACCAUUUCUAGUUUUUUCAGUUGAAAAUAGCAAAUCGUAAAGGAUGCAGAAACUGGUGGAAUACAUAUCUCUGCGUAUUUCCAUUCGUAAGUAGUUGUUGCCCUUGAACCUUACCCUGAAACCCUUGCCUAAGAACUCUUCCUGUAAAGAACAGGACAAAAUGAGUAAAUAAUCCAGGAAUUGCUUCUCCCACUAACCAAAUAACUUGUUUUCUCUCCAGUACUACCAUGUCUUGGCUAGUGAUGUUUCUGCUGGUAAGUUCUAUAAAACCUGAUGUGUUCUGGUGAUGUUUUUCACUAAUGUUUCAGUUCUAGAUACUACUGAUUUAGUCCAGAGCCUAGGGAGAUCUUUAAAUUCCCUGUCUGAAAAGAGAAUUCCAUUAUAUACUUCAGCUUCCAUGAGCAGGAAAUUUUGUCUUGUGAUUGUGUUCUCUAUAAAGACAAGAGACUUAACUAAAGGCCCUCUCUUUUCAUGCACCAAAAUAUUAGAAAGAGGCACAUGAUUAUUCCCACCCUUUCCUUUCUUCCCAAGCUGAAUAAUAUGGGUUUUAUUGAUGUUUUAUUCACAAAAUAUUGUCUACAACUGAGUUAAAUUUUAAAUGGGAAAUGGUUGGGGUUUUUUAUAUAUAUAUAAUUUUGAGAGUGGAAUUCCUAAGUGGGUGAUGACACAGGCAAAUGUCUGCAGGAGGCAAAAAAACGCCAUGAUUUUCCAAAGGCUGAGCAGGUUUGAGGCUACUUGCUGCUGUGCUGUCCUGUCUUGGUUGUAUGUUCAUCCCCCUACAAUCAUUUUAAUUGCCAGCUCCAAGACAGAAACAAUAAACCAAAUGUCUUUUGUCUAAUAAAAACUCUGGGAGGCUGUGAACAAUCUGCCAUUCACAUGGUGAGCCAUCAAGAGUGAAGGAGAACACAUAUCAUUAAAGAUGUUUGUGACAGUCCCA